AUUCAGCAGUCAGUUCAGUGUUGCCCACAGGCCGUUCAAUUCUAAACUCGUUAGUGAUAAGCUCAUCUUCUCAUUGAGCAGGUCAGCAAGCCAAGUCUAAGCAAUUUUCUGGUUGACUUCAGAGGCGACAUUCAAGAAAUAACCCUUCCAACGCCAUGGACAUCUUCAAACCACCGGAUCAAACGAUGUCGGUGACGAUUAUUCUUUUCUACGUGUUCAUCACAGCGUUCAUGCUGCUAUCGUACAACCCGAAACCGCGCAAAAUACUGGAAUCGAUCAAAAGCUUCCUGCUACAUCUGGCUCAUCUUAGUAAGAGCGUCGUUUCAUCGACCAUACACGUCGCGCCGGAUGUGAUACCAACGAAUCAAACGGAGCCGGUUUACACCGUUUGGGACAUUCCGGGGCCGAAGCGGUGGCCUCUGGUCGGAACGAAAUGGAUGUACUUCACCGGACGAUACAAGCUCAGCAAAAUGCACGAUGCGUUCGUUGAUCUGCACAAGCGCUAUGGGAAAAUUGUGCUCGAGCUCGAUUCCGUACCGGUCGUCAAUCUGUUCGAUCGGGCUGAUAUGGAAAAGGUUCUGAGAUAUCCUAGCAAGUAUCCCUAUCGGCCGCCGACGGAGAUUGUUGAGUACUAUAGGAGAAGCAGACCGGAUCGGUUUGCUAGUACGGGAAUUGUGAACACGCAAGGCGAGCAGUGGCACGAGUUACGCGUAAAGCUAACAUCAGGGAUUAUGUCCCGAAAAAUGUUGCAGGCAUUUAUCCCGACGUUGAACGAAAUAGGAGAUGAGUUUGUAAACCUAAUUCGUCAGAAGCGAGAUGAAAAUAACUGCGUGAAGGAUUUUCAGGACGUCGCAAAUACGGUUGGACUUGAAAUUAUAUGUUGCUUCGUGUUAGGUCGUCGGAUGGGAUAUAUGAGCGGAGACAAGCAGAAGAAUGAAAAUUUUGCUAAAUUAGCCGAAGCUGUGAAAUCUACUUUCGUAUAUAUCAGCCAGAGUUACUACGGGGUGAAGCUUUGGAAAUAUUUCCCAACCAAGCUGUAUCGAGACUAUGUGCGUUGCGAGGAAAUCAUUUAUGACACAAUUGCCGACAUUGUCAAUGAGGCACUCACCGAGGAACAGGAGAAGUGUGCGGAUGACGACUUGCGAGGCAUUUUCCUCGACAUUCUUCAAUCCGAAGGGUUGGAUAAAAAAGAUAAGAUUGUUGGCAUAAUCGAUUUGAUUCAUGCUGCGAUUGAAACGUUUUCCAACACCUUCUCGUUUCUACUGAACAACCUGACACAUCAUCCGGAUUGGCAAGUUCGCAUUGCCCAAGAGUUUAGAAGUAGUCCCGAGGCCGUCACUAGCAACGACCUGACAAAUGCGUCCUUCACAAGGGCCUGCAUCAAAGAAUCGUACAGAAUUUCCCCCACGACACCUUGUUUGGCUCGAAUUCUCGAGGAAGAUUUCGUUCUUUCGGGAUACCACCUGAAAGCGGGGACGGUAGUUCUGUGUCACACACGGGUGUCAUGUCAGAGUGAUGAUAAUUUCCAGCAAGCAAAUGCAUUUCAACCGGAGAGAUGGCUUGACCAGGUAGACGAAAACCACAACGUGUACAAAUUAGACGAACCAGGAGCUUCGCUGGUGCUUCCAUUCGGAACCGGUCGACGAAUGUGUCCCGGUAACAAAAUCAUCGAAAUCGAACUAACGCUUAUUAUGGCGAAGAUUUUCCAACAAUUCGAAGUUGAAUACCACAGCCAACUGGAUACGCAGUUCCAAUUCCUGCUAGCGCCAGGCACACCCAUUGAGAUUAUCUUUAGAGAUCGCGACUGAGAGUAUACUAAAUAGUCUAAGGCUUUCCAGCAAAUUCCCUUCAAACAAACCUGUUAUCUAUUGUGAUUAAGUGUUCUAGUGUUAACUAUGCGUAACGUGAAUUCUUUGGUACGAAGCAAGGGAGACAAACCGAUAGAAUCAUAUUGAUUAUUUCUGUUCAAACAGAUUGUUGAUCUGUGUACUAUUACAACUGAUUGUUCGCUAGCAGUUUAUGCAACUGAUUCAAGUAGAUGUGUAUAUUAAAGUUAACGUGUAACACCUUUAAUUUAUUGCUUUUGUACAGACGAUAAGGUAUACUUUUUAUAGAAU